AUGAAAGAAAACGUAAAUUCCACAGUUAAAAAAAGUACAUCCUCUCUUAAUAUCACUAUACCAUUUCCCCCACAAAUCACUUUUUAUAAUCUAAUCGAAAAAGCAAUCACAAAGCUUAAUAUUUCCGGAAAGACAUCACGUGUGCCAAAUGAAUUUAUCGCUUAUAGAAUGUGUUUUUACAAAGCAUUGCAGGCUUCAAACCAUCCGUCAAUCACGCAACCUCAAUUAUCAGCCAUAGCAAAGGAAUUUUGGUUGAAAGAACCGGAAUAUGUUCGUACUGAAUAUAAGAAAAUAGCAUUAGAAGCGAGAAAUUACUAUAAACGAUUAGCUAUUGAACAGAAAUUAAAAGCACAUGAACAAAAAGACAAAUUAAAAGUUGCUCAGGAUAGUUCAUCUUCUAUAAUUAGCCUUAGUUCAAAAUCGUCGAAUUCGCCCGAAAUUGACAACUUAUCUUCAUCUCAUUCAACUCCAAAACCUGGAAAUGAACUUACGAUCAACGAAAUUGAUUUUUCUAGUUUUUCAAAUAGAAACACUACAUCAUUAUAUUCAAAUUAUUUUGACGUUUCGACAUUGCCUCAAACAUUACCCAUCAUUGAUUUCAAUACUCAAACUAAUAUACAACUUGCGGGAAUAUUACCAUCACAAUUUGAGUAUAACAAUACACCGUAUCCCAUAAUUGAUGAAAGUUCGAUUAAUUUAGUUAGUACUUCGUUUUUAUCAAACCAAUGUGAGGGAUGCAGAAAUCAAAUCGAACUUCUAACUCGACGUGUUGAGGAAUUAGAAAACAAAUUAACCAAACUUGCAAAAUCAGUAGAAAAUUGA